AACAUCUUCGGUCCGGGUGGAAUCCCCGAUGGCACAUUUUCUUCAAACAUCUAUGUAAAUAUGAGUGGAAGGUGUCUCCGAUGCAGCUAACUCCGAACGCGGUCAAGUGGAUGACCUGGUUUCUGUGGGCUUGCAAUAAGAUGAAUUACUAUCCCACUUUGAAGCUGUUCCGCAUGCUUUUUCAGUUUAAGAAGUCCGGGGUGAAGCCCCUAUAUGAACUGCGUUUUCGCUCAAAGGAGUGUGGUCUGGGGACCGGGUUCGUGAGCCCGGUUAUGCAUCAAAGUUCACUGAAGGGCUGGAACGGCGAAGUCCUUAUGCUGAAGGGUCUAGACCUGGCUUUCAUGCCUUAUAUAGAGGCAGAUGAUAAGAAGGUGAAGACGGACUCUGGGGCGCCCGGAGCUACUGGGGAGUUCCGGGCCCAGUUGGUCGAGUUUUGUAAUUGUCUCGGGUUUCAGCUGACCCGGGAUACGUUUAUGCAGCACGACAAAUUGCAUGAGGGCGGCUGUGAGUUGCAUCUCUUCUUUAGUCUUUUAUUUCACUUUUCUAGUCUUGUCCGGGUCUUCUUCGUAUUACGUCUGCUCCUGUUUUGUCCGGGUCUUUUAGUUUGUAGUCUCGUGUUGCUAUAUUGUCUGGGUCUCUUUGCUUGUGAUGUGUAUGUCCCUUAGAUAAUUUUUUGUUGCCAUAUUUCUUUGUAUUGACCCGGGUUCUUUGGUUUUUUGGCAGGUCUUCCCUACUUCGACCCGGAUCUUUGGAAAGAUAUGUCUGCCAACGACUCCUUCGCUGCCGCCUUGAGGAACUUGGGGGGAGUUCAUACCCUUCCCAAGCCUCAGCCGAAGGAUAAGUCGGCAAAGAAGAAGAAGGGGGCCGUGAAGAGGGGGGAGUCCGGGUCCUCUCGUCAGGAGACGGAGGGGACCGGUAACUCGAGUGCAACCCCGGAUCCAGAGUUGCAGGCGAGGGACCCGGAGCUGGAUUCCGAAGCUCUUGAGGUGGAGAGUCCGGUCCUCGAGCCGAAGAAGAAGCGGAAGAAGAUUGAUUCUUCUCAGAAGCAAGUGAUUGAUAUGACGGGUGAGGAUCCGGUCAGGUCCGCGAUGGAGGUUGUUGAUGUUGAGGGCGGUUCUCGACCGGCGCACAAGUUCGGGAAAUACUCGGUCAAGAAGGUGAUCGGGUUGAUGGCUGAGCUCCCGUCCGAUCAGGACUGGGAAGUGAUGGAGGAUCAGGGUCUUGAAGAGAACUUUAAGGACAUAGGCGACUUGUGGGGUCAGCUUGGUGGUCGGUUGGCCGGGUUCAACACCCAUGCUCUGAAUAGUCUGAAGAAGGAGAAGGAGUUUUCUGCUGAGACUCUUGCCCGGGUCCGGAAGCUGGAUAAGGACCUGGAUCGUGAGAGGUCAGCUCGGGAGGCCUUAGAGGCUAGUUUGGGCUCCAAGAUUAAAGAGGCUGAGCUCAAGAAGGAAGCUGAGCUGGCUCAGAAAAUCAAGGAUGCUGAGGCCCGGGCUGAUGAUGCGGAGAAGAGGGCAUCCGGGCUGGAGAAAGAAGUGGCUGACCUGAAGAAGGAGUUAGAGACCCGGAAAGCCCCGACUGAAGUUGUUGCCGAGUUCCAGAAGUCCCAGGUCUAUGCAGAUGCUCUAGCAAAGGCUGCGGCCGCGGAAGUCAUGCGCUGCUGGACGGUGGCCGAGAAGCAUAUCAAGACCGACCCGGGUGCCAAUGCUCAGAGCUUCAUUGACCUGUAUAUUGAUGUGAAGAACAAAGUCAAUGCAGGUGGGGUGGAGCCCGAGCCUUACGUGGCCCCGGGUCAGGAUGUGGACUCGGAUUCUUCGGCUGAAUCCGAACCGGUGGACGAAGAGAUUCCUGUCCAAAAUCCUCCUGCCGAUGAUCAUCCCGUCCAAGACUCUCCUCCUGUUUAG